AUGGAUCUACGCCGCGUGGUGCGCCUUUUGAACCAGUAUUGUUCACCCCAUUUGGCCGAUACUUGGGACAAUGUGGGUCUGUUGGUACAGCCUUACACACCGCCAACCGUUUCGCGUGCGUUGGUGACCAAUGAUCUGACGGAACCUGUGUUAUCAGAGGCCGAAGAGAUGGGGGCGAAUCUAAUUGUGUCAUACCAUCCUCCGAUCUUUUCGCCAUUGAAACGCAUUACUAAUUCUCACUGGAAAGAGCGUUUAGUUUCUGCCUGCCUCGAAAAGGGGAUAGCCGUUUAUUCUCCUCACACAGGCUUGGAUGCAAAAGUUGAUAGGUUGCAUGAAGGUUACGGUCGUAUUGGAUGCUUGAAGACACCAAUGAGCCUAGCGGAAGUUUUGCAAGCCUAUAAAAGCCUAUUCGGUUUAAAUCAUCUCAUACUGGCUUUAGGCUACGGAAAACGGCUCGACGAACCAGUCAGUACAAUUGCGGUCUGUGCUGGAUCAGGCAGUUCUAUACUGAACGGAAAAACUUCAGCUCAAAUAGCGGACGUAUUCGUCACGGGUGAAAUGUCGCAUCACGACCGUUUAGAUGCCGUAUCUCGUGGGAUCUCAGUAAUUAUUGCGGGACAUUCUAACACUGAACGUGGUUUUCUCGCAACCCGAUUUGUGCCGGAAUUCCAGAAAGUGUUGGACCACGAAACAUGCACCGGAGACACUGACAUCUCGUCGGUCAUUGUGUCCAUAUCCCAAGCAGAUAAUGAACCCGGUGUUGUUUUUUGA